GUCCCUUUAUUUGCAAUGUUCUCAUAUAAUCGUCUUAUCCUGAUAAACUCUAGGCUUCUCUGGCACAUCUUCCUUAGCUGUUGAUGUGGUUUUGAUGGUGUCUAGUAAAUUUAUUCAGUUUAGAACAUUUCAUCACCCAAGAAAGUACAGAAUGAGGAGGAGUCAUUCAUUCCGGGGAAAUGGAAGUGCGUAGCGAAGGGGACAGCGGUGGAUUCCCAGUUCCCUGGCCCAGGCCCGGCACAGGCACUUCCUGUUCCUCCGCCUGGCCUCGGCGUCCCUGCGGUCCUCCCAGGCUUCCCGGGGCGAUCGCUGGCCCAGCCCCUAGACCUGGAAGGGGCCCGAGCGGGCGGGGAGCCAGCCCCCAGGAGUGUUUUCCAGAGGUGGAGGAGGCACGCGGGCUUCUCAGGGGACUGGAUGAUCACUGUGAGCGGGGCCAUGGAAAAGGCUCUUCUUCAGCAUUUCAUAUGCCGGAAGCUGGAGAUUUCCUAUGCCAUACAAAAGCCAUUUCCCUUCUUUGAAGGCCUCCGAGACAAGUCCUUCAUCACUGAGAAAAUGUACAGGGAAUCGCUGGAAGCCUGUACAAAUUUGGUCCCUGUGUCCAGAGUGGUGUACAACACUCUCACCCAACUGGAGAAGACAUUUAACCUUUCACUUCUGCUGACAUUGUUCAGCCAAAUUAACCUGCGGGAAUACCCCAAUCUGACGGAGAUUUUCGGAAGCUUCAGAAGCGUGGGUGCUUCCUAUGGAGAGAGGAGCAGAACCACAGCCCUGCCACUCAAAGCCCCAGCAGAAAGGUACACGCUGCUGCCGCUGAUCGCACCCCACCCUCCCUCACUGAGUCAUCUGUCCUGUGCGCCCAGAGUCAGUGAGCCCAGAGCAGCCUUGCAGCAAAUCCACGUGACCCUGGAUGAACUACCCAGCACCUCUGACCCUGCCACGCCUCCCCGUGACCUAAUCCAGGGAGGAAGAAGCACUCCAGCGCCCAGUGACAACUUAACACCUGAAAGAACUGAGGAAGAAGACUCACAAGAGACGCCCAGCACUCCCCCUGGCCCUGGGCAAGUGGUGACAGAGAAUUCUCCAGAGUCAAAUGACCCAGAGGAGCCCCACGAGGCACCUAGCACACCUCCAAAGAAGAAAGGAAGAAAAAUAAGAAGAAAUAUCUGGUCAACUCCAAAAAGGAGACGUCAGAAAAAAAGCUACCCGAGAGAGGCAGCCUCACCUGGGCACAGAAAUGAAGAGAAGCUCCCAAAGCAGGAUCAGGAGACUCCAAGGAAGGAUCACUCAACCUGCAGCUCGAGGGUGGUGACAAGGGCCCAGAAGGCUAGGCUCACACGUGCCUGGGCAUCCAGACAGGACCAAAAACCUAAAGAUGACCUCAUGGAUUUUCUGUCUCCUGAACUUCCUGUGACCUGUGGUACAGCAAAAGGGAUUUUAUAUAAGGAGAAAAUGAAGCGAGGCUCCUCCGAGAAGUGCAUCCAGAAUGAAGAGGGAGCGUGGUUCACACCCCAAGAAUUUGCCAUUAAAGGAAAAGGGAGAAAUGCAAAAAACUGGAAGUGGAGUGUGCGCUGCCAAGGAAAGACCCUAAGUCAGCUGCUGGAAGUAUUACAGUGACCAGAGACGGCAGGUGACGGGUUUAACCUUGGGAGGGACUCAAGAGAGGAGUAAAUGGCAGGUGUUCCUACCACAUUUCUGGUCGCCUUGUUAACUCUGAGCCUCUGAGUGUCCCAGCUCGAAGCCGCCCCUCACUUGGGCAGGGUGACUUCACGACAACUGCCCUAGCACCCUGCUGCCAGCACACUGCCACUGCUUUCAUAGUUAAUUUGGGUGGGGAAGAAAAUGACUCUUCAAAAUGAAAACAGGGGGCUGGGGUUGUGGCUCAGCAGUAGAGCGUUCGCUAGCAUGUGUAAGGCCCUGGGUUUGAACCUCAUCGCCACAUAAAAAUAAAUAAAUAAAGGUAUUGUUCCAACUGCAACAAAAAAAAAAUAUAUUUAAAAAAAUGAAAAUUGGGAGGACAAAAGCUGGUGAUGUCCAUGUGUUUUAAAAAAGAUCUGGCUCAUGGGUGACCGUCCUUCACUGAUCACCAAGUAUGGCUCAGUGGUAAGUGCUGGUUAUCUGUAGCACUGGGGUGGAGUCGGGGUUUGAGCUGCGCUUUUCUUUGCAAAACCCCUCCAGGCAGCAUGGCAGGCCUGUGAUGGCUGUACCACCCUCUCCUCCUCGACCUUCUCUACUAGCUCGUCCACGUCCUCCAGGCUCAGGUCCCACUCGUGAGCUUCAUAUUAGGUGUGAACUUUCCAUCUCUCCUGUCUCACCUGGGAGACUGGCCUGACCCUUGGCUGGAUUCAUUCGGAGUUUAAGGCACUGAUUCUGCAGUGACAUCUGUGGUAUGAACCAUCUUUUCCAUGCUGAUUGGAAGUACCGUGGGAAUCAGGGAUGCUCAGCGUAAUAGCAAAAAGUUAUGGAAGAACACAAACCCCAUCAAUAUUAUAAAAUAAACCGAUAUAUCUUCAGAAUGAAUUUUUUUUGAAAAUAUAUGUGGGUUCCUUGGUAUUGCUGUGGUUUGAAUGUCCCCAAGAAAACUCAUGUUGAAAUUCAGUCUCCAUUGUGAGGUGAACACUUAAUCCAAUUAUGAUGUGUAGAAGUAUGACCUUUAGGAGGUAAUUAAGGUUAACUGGGGCCAUAAAGGUGGGGUCCUCGCCCAGUGGGACUGUGGCUUUAUAAGAAGAAGGGGAGAGACCUGAGCUAGGACCCUCUGUCUUGCCAUGUCAAUAUUGAAUUGCCUUUGAACUUACCAGAUUAGGCCCCUGAUCUUAUCUUGAAUUUUCAAUGCCCAUGAACUGAAUAAACCUUCAUUCUUUAUAGAUUGCUCUGUCUGGGGCAUUCCAUUGUAGCAACAGAGAAUGGGAAGCCACCAACAAGUUUUGAGUUAAGAUUAUGCUGGUAAUAAUGAGUCUGGUUUAUGGGACUAUCUAGGCCUGUGGCCAAAAAUGUAUCUGAAAGAAUCAAUUAGUUAUUCUAGGGUAGGAUUACAGGGACAUUUGCUUUCUGUGUUAUACAUUUGCUUUCUGUGUUGGUACAGUUGAAAUUUUUGUGAUGACUCUAUUAUUUCUAUAACCACACAAAAAAUAAAGAUCUUGAAAAUCUAGAA